CUGCAGUUUAUUGGCGGUUGGCAAACAACGUACAGGAGAGUCAACCAAAUAAUCUGUUAUGAUAAUUUAGGUUUUCCCAUAACCCGAGAAAGGAGGAGGAAGUGGGAACUUGCCCUAAGAAGGAACAGUUUUGUUGCCUCUGACAGUACACUGCUCUGCACUUCAGGUGUGAGGACUUUGACAGGACUGUCCGGCUUAAAGAAAGUGUUGUGCCAACCAUUUUCAAUUUUCCAGCUCAUCUUCAAAGGAAGAGUGGAAGACAACUUGCCAAUGGACUUUCCUCAGGAUGCACCUCGACCAGAUAUGCACCUAUCCAUAAUAAAGAAUGGAACCCACUUAGAGAGCAAAUAUUCAAACAACUAUUGGCUGAGUUGUCCCCUUUGUCCAAAAUUUCAUACCAAAAGUGAGAAAACAAUAGGAAGACACCUGGAUAACCACAUUAAAACAGCAGUGCAUUUUGAAGACACCGUCAUUUGUAGAUGCAACCUGCCAUGUCGACACACAGGUCAUUACCACUGUCCAUUCUGUGGAAACACCAUUGUGAAAAAGGAGGACAUGUAUUUACACGUGACUGGAUGCCAAAAGAAACAUGAGGCAGUGUCAUCAGUUGAAAAUGACCCGUUCCCGUUAUUUCUAUUCAUCCCCACAUCCUCCCCAGAUACUUUAGCACAUUCUCACUCAGAGCUUCUUACUCUAGUGUCUGCCUGUGCUAUUACAUCAGCAGUACGUGUUGACCAUUCUUACACACUACCUCCCUCAGCUUUGCCUGAGUCACCUGCAGUCACGCCACAGUCCUGUCAUGGAGGAAUGUCACCCUCAGCCUCACCUCUAGAGGCCUUCAAAUCCCUCACUUUCUCACCCAAGGAAGCAGCUAGCGCAUCUGAACAGUCUGAGAUGGUGGAGUCACUUGAGGAGGCAGCAGGGGGAGCUGAACAGUCUGACAUGGUGGAGUCACUCGAAGAGGCAGCAGGGGGAGCUGAACAGUCUGACAUGGUGGAGUCACUCAAGGAGGCAGCAGGGGGAGCUGAACAGUCUGACAUGGUGGAGUCACUCGAAGAGGCAGCAGGGGGAGCUGAACAGUCUGACAUGGUGGAGUCACUCAAGGAGGCAGCAGGGGGAGCUGAACAGUCUGACAUGGUGGAGUCACUCAAGGAGGCAGCAGGAGGAGCUGAACAGCCUGACAUGGUGGAGUCACUCGAAGAGGCAGCAGGGGGAGCUAAACAGUCUGAGAUGGUGGAGUCACUCGAAGAGGCAGCAGGGGGAGCUGAACAGUCUGACAUGAUGGAGUCACUCGAAGAGGCAGCAGGGGGAGCUGAACAGUCUGACAUGAUGGAGUCACUCGAAGAGGCAGCAGGGGGAGCUAAACAGUCUGAGAUGGUGGAGUCACUCGAGGAGGCUGCAGGUGGAACUAAACGGCCAUCCUCAUAUUCUAUCUAUGCAAAGUUAGUAAAGUGCCCUCACUGCUCUCUUGUUCUGUACAAGAGGAACUUGCCUGUACAUAUCAAAAGAAAACAUCUAAAGCCACAUGAUAAUAAAGCCACUCCUCACCCUAAAAGCGAGGGUGCUCAAAACAACCUCUGCCCAUUUUCACUCCCAAGAGGUCCUGGUUUCUGUGUACCAGCAGGUGUCCAAAGCAAAUCACAGGAUGACCAACCUGCGAAGAAAUGUGAAUCGGAGAAACUGAGCCAGUUUCAGGCACUUCCACUGCAAAACCUCAGUCACGGCCUUUGUGAGCAUGCCCCAUCACUGGAAUGUUUCAGCAGCACUGCUAACAAAGGACCCCUAAAACACAAAGUUCUUGAAGAAAUGCUGAAAUUGGGUAUUUUGAAGAAAUCUAUGGUGUCAAUUUGCAAAAUGAGGCAAAAAACUGCAGAUGAAGCUCAUGCACCAUUGUCACUGUUGUUAGAAGUUGGAGACCUGAUAUGUCUUUCAAUUCAUGAGCCCAAAGUUUGCCCAUUGUGUUGUUUUGGCAGAGUUAUGGUGACUUACAAUAGAAAGGACGAGAGCUUCUAUUGCCCUUUUACAAAGGCGAGUAAAUCUUGUGCGCACAAGAACAUUGCUAGAUGGCACCUUCUCCAAACACAGAGGGAAUUGUUUGUGACUGAGCCGAGGAGCACAGAAAUGUCAAUGGAGACUCCUCACUCUGUCUGUUCUCCUACAGCAGAGAAACAUGAGAUUCACUUAUUUCAAGAAAAACAUACCAGCUAAUACAGGACUGUUGCAAUUAUGAGUUGCAACUACUUUUUUAUUUUAUUUUUAUUCAUUCAUCACUCAGUUUAUUCAAAGAUGUGCAUGUGCAUUUAGACAAGUUCAGUUCAAACUUGUUCAGUGGGACCAGUUGAGACCAGUUGGGCCCCUCCUGCACUGCAGUGUUGCUUGGUUCAUUUGUUUGAAAGAUCAUGUACAGUAUGAGGCAGGAGAACAGGAGCCUCAUUGUGCCUGAAACGCAGUAGGAAUAAACCUGCUCUGCAGAUUGAUUUUGUCCUUUUCCUUAGAUUGUUCACGGUGAAACAUCAGUUGCUAGAAAACAGUAUUUACUUACUUACUUGAACACAGGUGGUCAGAAUGGGACAUCAUCAUAUUUCUCCCAUUUGGCAGACGGGUGUGUAGCAGCAUCCUCCCUCCAAAUGGACGCAUCCUCCCGUAUUAAAUGUGGUACAACAUUGUGUUUAUACAUACAAAGCUGUUGACUGACAACUUCAUGUUUUUCUAUGAGACUGCGUUGGUGCAUCCUGAGUUUUAAGCCCAAUUUUAAAGAUGGAAUAAGCUCUUCCUCCUAAGCCAAAGCUGUCCUUAUAGCCAGCUUAUUCAGAUCAUAUGACCAAGUUAAAAAAUAAUUAAGUAGUCAUGGAUAAAUGUCCUUCAUCACAAAUGUGCAGUGAAAACAGAUUCUUCAGAAGGAUAAAAUAUUUAGUUUAUUCAUUACAGUUUUCAUUUUAAUUUGUCUCUGCAAAACAAUUCACACCAUGCAUGAAAUUAGGUUAUGAAAGUUUCUAACAGCUUUAUUCAUAGUUAUUAUGAUUCUAAAUGAUGUAUAACUUUAUGUAUUUGGGGUACUUUUUCCAUAAAUGGAAAACAACUUGACCAUUGUUUUUAUUUUAGAUAUGAACCCCCAGAAAUAUGUUUAAUUUUUUUAGUUUAAAAAAAAUCUAUUUCCAAACAAUAUAAACACUAUUAUUCUGUUUUUCUUUUGUUUAUAUUAAUGUUUUUUUCCAUUUAAAGCAUGUAAAUGGCUGAGAAGCACAAUAUUUCUUUAUUCACAUUUAAACAUCUUUUUUUUCUCUUUUUUUAAAGUUAACGUUCAUUAGUCAUCAUUGGUUCACAUUUGUCAUAGAAGACUCAUCCAACAUUACCCAACUCCCUUCUCUUGAAAGUAAAGGGUGUAUAAUUUAUCCUUUAAUGCCACUUUUGAUGAACAGAUAAGAGACACAACUGAUUCACACCACAUGUUGAAACACAGUCCCAUCUCAUCUCCACUAUUCAUUUAAGCCUUGUCAGAGUCAGCCACAGGUUUAAAACAGCCAGCACAGAGAUCAUCAGCAGCACGAUCACCAGUUUACCUCAUGUUAAGAAGCAGAUAUGCAAACAAAAACGGAGUGACUUCACAGCCUUGGAGUGGGUUGCUAUGUAUUGAUAAAAUGCACCUGAGCAGCUGACACUCACUGUGAGGUCUUUAGAAACUAUAAUUUCUUUUUUCUUUUUUUUUUUUUUUUCUUCAUUUUUUCUUUCACAAAACGUUUGCUCAGCUGCCGUUUCACUCCACUGCUCUGCAUACCUGACCAGCAGGAAUGUGACUGCACUGCUGCUGAGGAGUCGUCAGACUUGUAGCUACAAGCACACAGAUGAUUGCAUCACAUCGGAGUGAGUCUGUGUGUGCUGUGCUUGCAGCUUUUUUUUUUUUUUUUUUUUUUUGUCCUUUUUAAAAUGUUAAGUCA